GAAAGUCUCGGGCAGGGCUUGAAAGGUUCGAUGCAUAUGAUGAGCUGAAGAUUUAUAUCAAUCACAAUUUGCACCAAGGCCCGCAAGAAAAGAAAGACUUGCAUUUGUGGCGUCUCGUGAGGUCGUCGAGGAGCGGAUCGAACUCCAACUCCGGUGCCCGCGCGGGCAGCCGAGAAAAGCUUAUCUGCACGCAAGGCCCAGCGAGCCGAGGGGAAUAUUCGCAUCAGACGGAGAGUGAGCUGAACUGCGCCGCGUGCGAGAAGAAGGAACCACGUAGAACUUUCAGGCGGCACUGGGCGCCGUUCGAGCGUUUCCGUUCGGAGUUCCGACAAGAGGACGAGGCACAGCUUCUUGAGCGAGAGCGUCGUGGAGAGCUGUCUUCGGACUGUACAAGAAAUCCGCACCAGCGCCUCUGCCUCGUACUCUGGCCAGCCCAUCGAUUGCGAUUCCGAUUUGCUCAAUUGGAUUGGGUUUUACCAGUGAAUUGUGAGCCUGCCGAGAAAAUUUAUCGCUUGCGAGAUUUUCCUUUUUCGCUUUGGGUUUCGUGGUAUUUGGAACGUCACAAUGUGCGACAACGCCAAGAAGAGAUGGCUUCCACUCGAAGCGAAUCCGGACGUGAUGAAUCAGUUUGUACAGGGCCUCGGCUUUCCUGAAGACGCAGCUUUCCAUGAUGUUUAUGGCUUCGAUGAUGAGCUUCUUGCGAUGGUUCCCUCACCAGUGCUCGCUGUUCUGCUUCUUUUCCCUAUCACCGAAGAGUCUGAAGCAGCAAGAAAAGCCGAACAAGAAUCAAACACAAAGGAAGCAUCCAAGGUGAGUGACAAGGUUUACUUCAUGAAACAAACUGUUGGAAAUGCUUGUGGGACGAUUGGACUGCUGCACGCCAUAGGCAACAACUUGUCUCAAAUUGAACUUGUUGAAGAUUCCUUCCUCAAGAAGUUUUUCAAGUCAACUUCGAAUAUGACCCCAGAUGAGCGCGCAGAGUUUCUCGAAACGGACACAGAGCUCGAGGGCGCUCAUUCAGCUGCUGCCACUGCUGGUGAUACUGCACCCCCGGAUAUAAACGUCUCCGUGGAUCUUCAUUUCGUCUGCUUCGUCUGUGUUCACGGUGGUCUUUACGAAUUGGAUGGGCGAAAGUCUCAACCGGUUUAUCACGGUGUCUCAUUCAAGGACACAAUUUUGAAGGAUGCUGUCAAGGUCAUUCAAGAGUUCACAGCGAGGAACCCUCAGUCACAUAAUUUUAACGUGAUUGCCCUGUCUAAAGAGAAAGCAGAGUAAGCCUGAUCUCAUUCCUGCUCGUUACUGGUCUGCACGCUCUCAUUGUUUCCAGUCAGAAGAGGAAUAGAGUUGUUAAUAUUACCGGACAAAAGGUCGGCAGUUUCUUGUGUCAUGCGGGAACGUUAUCAUUCAAAAAAAUCUGAGGUGCGCAUUAAAUGUACUUAGGUUAAGAUUCACAUGAAAACAAGGACAAUACUUGACGAUUUUCUUACUCAGUAAGAUGUAACGGGUCAACUUUCACGAACCGUUAUGUGUCUUGGCCUUUCCAUCACAUUAUCCACGGCUGUACAAUAUUUACAAUCUCUCAGUGAAGGUGUUCAUACCAGUUAAAAUUUUACAAAAUGACAUUGCGUCUGCAUCGAGAAGCAGUCCCAUCAGCAUCUUAUCAUUCCCUGUCAGCUUACGUGCAUACUUGUAAUUCCAGUAAUUAACUCUCGCCUUCACAAACUG